CAUCGUGGGCGUCGUUUUGAAGACUCUACAAUAGGAUCUGAAAGCGAUGCCAGGAUGUUUUCAGAUGAAGAUGACAGCGGUUAUGUUACUGAGGAUGGCGAUUUCGAUGAUAGCGACGGUAAAGUGUAUUAUUCAACCACAUCUAACUCAGAGGAUUAUUACGCUAUAAGAAAGUCGAAAUUUGAUGAUAUCUCAUCUGUGAAGGAUCUUGAAGACGAUAAGUGA